AUGUCCUACAGGCUACCACAAACCUUAGUGGGUCGUUAUUCUAAUGGGUUUACAAAGAGUUCGCGAGAUGACAAGGAUAAGGAAGAGUGCACGGAGCAGUUGGUAGGACUAGCGACAUGUUUGCCAUAUGUUGGUGGCAAUGCAAAAUCUCCCACACCAGAUUGUUGUAAUGGUUUGAAGAAAGUGUUGAACACCAACAAGAAGUGCUUAUGUGUGGUGAUAAAAGAUAGAAAUGAUCCGGAUUUAGGCCUCACAAUAAAUGUCACGCUUGCAUUAGGCCUCCCUACAGUGUGUCAAGCCCCUGCUAAUGUUACAAAAUGUCCGGAACUUCUCCAUUUGGCUCCAAAUUCAACGGAUGCUCAGGUUUUUCUUCAAUAUGGCCACUCUACUACUGCUGGUGCUCCUGCCAAUAGCCCUGUUCCAAGUGCUAGUGCUAACGUGACAAGUGGAACGAGUACUAAACGACCAAGUGGCAACGUGAGUGGCACUGAAAGGACAUGUUUAAAAUGGAAAGUCAUUCUUAUGGGAGUCAUGUCGUGCAUUUUAGCUUCAACUAUCGUUAUCUAGAUUUCUAAUGGUCUCAUAUUUGUGUAUUUUGUAGAGUGGUGUAUUGGUUUUUUUAACUUAUUGUACGUCCAAGCAUCAUCCUUUUUCCCUUUUCGAAUUUAAAUAAAAUUUAACAUACAC